AUAUUUUUAAAACUUGCUCUCCAAUCAGGUCUUGUCCAAUAAGCAUGUGGCUCCUGAUCAUCUGUUGCAAAUCUGCCAGCGCAUCGGUCCCAUGUUGGAUAAAGAAAUUCCACCCAGUAUUUCAAGAGUCACUUCUUUACUUGGUGCAGGAAGGCAGUCUUUGCUACGUACAGCAAAAGACUGCAGGCACACAGUUUGGAAGGGCUCUGCCUUUGCUGCUCUUCAUAGAGGAAGACCUCCUGAAAUGCCGGUGAAUUAUGGUUCCCCACCAAAUCUUGUGGAGAUACAUCGAGGCAAACAACUCACAGGGUGUUCCACUUUUAGCACAGCAUUUCCAGGAACUAUGUACCAGCAUAUAAAAAUGCACAGAAGGAUUCUUGGACAUCUAUCUGCUGUUUACUGUGUAGCAUUUGAUAGGACAGGACAUAGAAUCUUUACAGGUUCAGAUGAUUGUUUGGUGAAGAUUUGGUCAACACACAAUGGCCGCCUAUUAUCCACAUUAAGAGGUCAUUCUGCAGAAAUUUCAGAUAUGGCAGUAAACUAUGAGAAUACAAUGAUUGCUGCAGGGAGCUGUGAUAAAAUAAUUAGAGUGUGGUGCUUGAGAACUUGUGCCCCAGUUGCUGUGCUCCAAGGACACACGGGGUCAAUUACAUCUUUACAGUUUAGCCCAAUGGCCAAAGGCUCUCAAAGGUACAUGGUCUCUACUGGUGCUGAUGGGACAGUUUGUUUUUGGCAGUGGGAUUUAGAAUCCCUGAAAUUCAGUCCACGUCCCUUAAAGUUUACUGAAAAGCCUAGACCAGGCGUUCAAAUGCUUUGUUCUUCUUUUAGUGUUGGUGGUAUGUUUUUAGCCACUGGUAGUACCGAUCAUGUAAUCAGAAUGUAUUUUUUGGGUUUUGAAGCACCUGAAAAAAUCGCAGAACUUGAAAGCCACACUGAUAAAGUUGAUAGUAUCCAAUUUUGUAACAACGGUGAUAGGUUUUUAAGUGGUAGCAGAGAUGGAACAGCACGGAUUUGGAGAUUUGAGCAGUUAGAGUGGAGAAGCAUUUUAUUGGAUAUGGCGACUAGAAUCUCAGGGGACUUAACUUCUGAAGAGGAAAGGUUUAUGAAACCCAAAGUAACAAUGAUAGCUUGGAAUCAGAAUGAUAGCAUUGUUGUCACAGCUGUGAAUGAUCAUGUCCUCAAAGUGUGGAAUUCUUAUACUGGACAACUGCUUCAUAACUUGUUGGGACAUGCUGAUGAAGUAUUUGUUUUGGAAACACAUCCCUUUGAUUCCAGAAUUAUGUUGUCUGCGGGACACGAUGGCAGCAUAUUUAUAUGGGAUGUUACAAAAGGCACCAAGAUGAAACAUUAUUUUAAUAUGAUUGAAGGACAAGGGCAUGGAGCUGUAUUUGACUGUAAGUUUUCACAGGAUGGACAGCAUUUUGCCUGUACAGAUUCUCAUGGUCACCUUCUGAUAUUUGGUUUUGGAUGCAGCAGGCCAUAUGAAAAGAUUCCUGAUCAGAUGUUCUUCCAUACCGACUAUCGACCACUGAUUAGAGAUUCUAAUAAUUAUGUCUUAGAUGAGCAAACCCAGCAGGCUCCUCACCUUAUGCCUCCGCCAUUCUUGGUAGAUGUAGAUGGAAAUCCUCAUCCAACUAAGUAUCAGAGAUUAGUACCAGGCCGAGAAAAUUCUGCAGAUGAACAUUUGGUUCCACAGCUAGGCUAUGUGGCAACAAGUGAUGGAGAGGUAAUUGAACAAAUUAUAAGCCUACAAACUAAUGACAAUGGUGAAGGAAGCCCAGAGUCCAGUAUUCUGGAUGGAAUGAUAAGACAGUUGCAGCAGCAGCAAGAUGAGAGAAUGGGAGCUGGUCAGGAUAAUAUUCCAAAUGGACUUCCAAAUGGGGAAGAAACACCACGAAGAGGUUUUAGAAGACUAAGCUUAGAUAUCCAGUCCCCUCCAAAUAUUGGUCUGCGUCGUAGUGGACAAGUUGAAGGUGUUCGUCAGAUGCAUCAGAAUGCUCCCCGUAGUCAGAUUGCUACAGAGCGUGACCUGCAGGCGUGGAAACGAAGAGUGGUUGUACCAGAGGUACCACUAGGCAUAUUUAGGAAAUUGGAAGACUUCAGAAUAGAGAAAGGUGAAGAAGAAAGAAGUCUUUAUGUAAUUGGAAGAAAAAAGAAGACUCUUCAGCUCUCACAAAAGUCUGAUUCGGUGGUUUUAAUGUCACAGUUUAGGCAGAGGACAUGUAGGCGUAAAUAUCCAAAUUAUGGUAGAAGAAAUGUUGGACGGAUUGAGUUAUCUUCUGGAAAUGAAUCUUCAAGCUCUAUAAGACAUACUUCCUGUGACCAAAGUGAAGGUUCCUGUUCUUCCGAAGAAGAAGAAGAAGAAUGGAAAAGUGAUAGAAAAAGUGAAAGUGAUAGUGACAGUUCAAGUGACUCUUCAUCUCGAUAUUCUGAUUGGACAGCUGAUGCAGGCAUCAAUUUGCAGCCUCCUUUACGUACUUCAUCUCGUCGGCGUAUUACCCGGUUUUGCAGUAGUUCAGAGGAUGAAAUGUCUACUGAGAAUUUAUCUCCUCCAAAAAGGAGACGAAAGAGAAAGAAAGAAAAUAAGCCUAAAAAAGAGGAUGUGCGGAGAAUGACACCGCCGGGGCCUGCAGAUUGGGCGCAUCUUCACGAGCUCCGUCCGCCAGUCUGGGUAACUGACACCACUCUGCGGAAGUCUCCUUUCGUUCCACAGAUGGGCGACGAGGUAAUAUAUUUUCGACAGGGUCAUGAAGCUUAUAUUGAGGCUGUGAGAAGAAAUAACAUUUAUGAACUGAACCCUAACAAGGAGCCAUGGAGAAAAAUGGAUCUUAGGGAUCAAGAAUUGGUCAAAAUAGUUGGAAUACGAUAUGAGGUUGGGCCCCCUACACUCUGUUGCCUCAAACUAGCAUUUAUAGAUCCUGCAACUGGAAAACUUAUGGACAAAUCUUUCUCUAUUAGAUAUCACGAUAUGCCAGAUGUUAUUGACUUUCUUGUGUUGCGUCAGUUUUACGAUGAAGCAAGACAGAGGAACUGGCAGUCUUGUGACAGGUUCCGUUCUAUCAUUGAUGAUGCCUGGUGGUUUGGAACAGUGCUGAGCCAAGAGCCCUACCAGCCACAGUACCCUGAUAGUCAUUUCCAGUGUUAUAUUGUUAGGUGGGAUAAUACUGAAAUUGAAAAGCUUAGCCCAUGGGAUAUGGAACCAAUUCCUGACAAUGUUGAUCCACCUGAAGAAUUAGGAGCUAGUAUUUCUGUUACUUCAGAUGAGCUAGAGAAAUUGCUCUACAAACCACAAGAUGGUGAAUGGGGCCAGAAAUCGAGAGAUGAAGAAUGCGAACGAAUUAUUAGUGGUAUAGAUCAACUUCUGAAUCUUGAUAUAGCAGCAGCUUUUGCAGGUCCAGUUGAUCUCUGUACAUACCCGAAGUACUGUACUGUAGUGGCUUAUCCAACUGAUCUUUACACAAUUCGAAUGAGACUUGUUAAUCGAUUUUACAGGAGGCUUUCUGCAUUGGUUUGGGAAGUCAGAUAUAUAGAACAUAAUGCCAGAACAUUUAAUGAACCUGAGAGUGUAAUUGCAAGAUCAGCUAAGAAGAUAACUGAUCAGCUUCUAAAAUUUAUCAAGAAUCAAGACUGUACAGAUAUCUCAGAACUUUCUAACACUUCUGAAAACGAUGAGCGAAGUGCCGAGGCUUUGGAUGAUAGUGAUCUUCCUAAAACAUCUUCUGGAAGAAGGAGAGUCCAUCAUUGGAAAAAUAGGAGCAGCAAAACAACCAGCUAUGUUGAAAGCAACUGGAAGAAACAGUGUAAGGAACUAGUGAACUUAAUUUUUCAAUGUGAAGAUUCUGAACCAUUUAGACAACCUGUUGAUUUGGUUGAAUAUCCAGACUACCGAGAUAUUAUAGAUACUCCAAUGGAUUUUGGAACAGUAAGGGAAACUUUAGAAGCGGAAAAUUAUGACAGCCCUUUGGAAUUUUGCAAAGACAUCCGGUUGAUAUUUAGCAAUGCAAAAGCAUAUACACCAAACAAAAGAUCAAAGAUUUACAGUAUGACCUUGAGAUUGUCUGCCUUAUUUGAAGAAAAAAUGAAGAAAAUCUCCUCUGAUUUUAAAAUUGGUCAAAAAUUCAAUGAAAAACUUCGAAGAAGCCAGAGGUUCAGGAGACAGCAAAAUUGUAACCGUGUUAAUCAGGCUAACAAAAAUACCAGAAAUAUCAAGCAGAAGCGUGUAAAGUCUCAGACAAGAGUAACUCCUGAGUUGGUAGGUUCUCCUACCCAAUCUACCUCUAGUCAGGCAGCUUAUUCUGCAAGCCACAAGACAAGUGCUGGUGUCUCUUCGGGUGUUACUUCUGGGGACUCUUCAGAUUCAACAGGAUCAUCAGAAAGAAUGAGAAGAAAUAGACCUGCCACUCUAACAAAUGGUUCUACAUUAUCUGAAAGUGAAGUGGAAGAUUCCUUAGGUACCUCUUCAUCUUCUUCAGCUUCAGAUAGCUCAGAGGAAAGUAAAGGAAGUUCAAGAGCUCGUGAAUCCUCCUUACGUGGUAGGCUGGCCAGAAGCAGCAAUCUCAGAGUGACCAGAAUGAGAGCUGCUCAAAGAAAACCUGGUCCAGUUCCUUUAGAAAAUGGAUGUGGCAGAAAAGCCACUCGAAAGAGAGUCUAUUUAAGUGACUCUGAUAACAAUUCAUUGGAGACUGGUGAAAGUCUAAAAGCCCGAGCUGGAAAUAACCGUAAAGUGCUACGAAAGUGUGCUGCUGUGGCUGCCAAUAAGAUAAAGCUAAUGAGCGAUGCUGAGGAGAAUUUUAGCUCUGAAAGUGUCUGUUCUGGCCGUAAGCUGCCUCACCGCAAUGCUUCUGCUGUAGCUAGAAAAAAGUUGUUAUAUAAUUCUGAAGAUGAUCAGAGCUUAAAGUCAGAAACUGAAGAAGUGGAACUGAAAGAUGAGAAUCAGCCAUCACCAGUGUCCAGUUCUCAUGCUGCCAAGAAUACUGUCAAUGAAUCUGAAAAUGGAGAUUCAGAGUCAGAAAGUGACUUGCAGGUAGUCCGGAAAAGUUGGCAUGCUAAUGGUUACAAGUCCCACACCACCACAAGUUCUAAAACAAAAUUUCUGAAAAUAGAGUCUUCUGAGGAAAGUCAUGGUUCAGAUAAUGGGCAUAACAGAACUAGUAGCCCAUCAGCAUCUGGGCAGAAACUUAAGGCAGGAGGCAUCUCGGGGGAGGAGGAAGCAGAUUCUGAACCAAGAAAAUAUGCGGGUAGGAAACACAACACAGGUCGCAAGAACGCUACUUUCCUUAAGAAAGCAAAGAUCUUCAGUGAUUCAGAAGACUCUGAAUCUGAAGAUAGAGAAGAAGGUAGAUGUCACAAAACGGAAACAAACCUGAUGCCAGGGAAUCUGAAGUGUGACCCUGUUGCUGGGGCCCACCGUUUCUCAGAUCAUGUGUCCGAGACAGAUGUGGAUUCAGAUGAUGGCAAAACGGAAAAACCACCAAACAGUUUUACGAAAGAUUCUACAUCACAAGACCAUGGACAAAGCAGGAAAGUUUCCAGGAAAAGGGUCUGUUCUAGUGACUCAGACAGCAAUUCAAAGGUGGUUAAGAAACCCUCCAAAGCCAAAACGGGUCUCCUAAGGAUUCCUCGAAGAUGUGCAACCACCGCUGCCAGUAAGAUUAAGCUCAUGAGUGAUGUGGAAGAUGUUACUUUAGAAAGUGUGUGUACUAGAAGCAAAAGGGGAAGGAAAAAGCCCCUCCGUUUUGCGUGUACCACAGCUAAGAUAGUGAGUGAUUCCGAGGGAGAUGUAAACUGUGAAGUGCCAAAUGAACAGGAUGCCUGUGACGAGGAGCCACCUGAAGCUGACUCAGAAGGUAGUACAAAAAGCAUUCAUCAGUCUUUAAAUGGAGACUCAGACUCUGAAGGUAUGUCAAAUUCAGAACAAAACAGGCCUACCAGGCAUGCCAAUAAUCACAAAACAAAUGUUGCACCUUCUAGAACAAAGAACUCAUUGAUUGGGUCUUCAGACGAAGAGUCAAAAAGCCAUAUUCCUGGGGGUGAGAUUGGUAGAAAAUUUUCUUCUGAAUCAACUUUGGAGCAAAAAGCCACUGCAGAGACUAACUUUGAAGAGGAACUGAAUUAUGGGCUGCGCAGGUGGAAUGGCAGAAGACUCAGGACCUAUGGGAAGGCUCCUUUCAGUAAGACAAAAGUGAUUCAAGACUCACAGGAAGCAGCUAAGACGGAAAUACGAAGGAAGAGACUGCAUCCUAAAUUGGGAAAUGUGGAAACUUCAGAAACAACAGGGAAUUCAGAAUGUGGACCUGACCCUAGUCCCAAAUCUGAUUCAGAGUUGGGAUCCGUAACUGAAUCAGAUGUUGACUGUGCUGAUGAGACAAAAACCAAAAAGAGGAAAACGAAAGGAAAAGCAAAAGUAGUUAGAAAAGGUAAAACUUUUAUGGCUAAUGUAUCUAAAACUGUGAGGCGACAAAGACAGAGCAAGCGCCCUAGGUUAAAUGCGGAGGAUAAUGACUGGGAGGAUUUGGACUAUGCGGAGUCUAAGCGGGUCCUUCGACGUUCCAAAAUAAAAACGCGAAAUCAGGGUAGAAGGACCGUGAGGUACCACGAUGGGGAUGAUGAUAGAAACUUAGAAAAUGUGUUAGGUUUCGAUGAUUGCACCUUAUGACCUUGAGGGAAAACCAGUUCAUUUAAAGAGGAAAUGGACUGGAAUUUAUGGUGAAACCUGGCUGUUGAAAUUAUUUUUUUGUCCUACAAUUCAGGGAAUAUAUUUAUAUUUUUCUAUGAAAAGUUAUGAAUGUGACUAAAUCAUGACUGUUAUUUUUAUUUGCACUUGCUUGCCUUUGUAGCAGCAUUCAGCACAGGUGCCAAAAUAUGCUUCAUUUUGGGGGCAGAUCUACUUAAACAGUAUUUAACUACAUAUAACAAGAGCUUGAAAUAUGUUAAACACUAGACAUCCUGGUUAUCAAAACUAAUGAGCAUUACUUUCAUGAUAGCAAGUGCCAUGCAGAUAUUUUCUGAAUUUGUCAAGAGGUGGUAGUUUCUAACCCAUGUCCUAUUGUAGUACAACAAUUUCACGUGACCUAUGUUUACAGAUUUUUCAUAAAUAUUAUGUGCAUACCGACAUUACAAUCAUGGGAAGUGUUACCAUGAUUAGUAGUAGGCAAGGUACCUACCACUUUUUUUUUUUUCUUUCCCUGGCUACUUGAGUAGAAUGCAUUAUACCAGAUUUGGUUAUUUUCAUUGACAUGGUUUCCAGUUUUCUUUCCAAAUGCUGUUGAAUCUUUCUCUCUUUUUUAUUUUUAUUUUAAAGGAAAAUAUUUUAUUUUAUAAACUUGAAUUUAUAAAGUGCUGGUAAAUUAUUUUUUUUAAUGUUUUGAUUGUAUAUUUCAAACCUCUAAGGCCAGACCAUAGUCCUAGCAUUUUCUUUUAAAUUGUGCACUAACAAAAUGCUAUAUAAUUUUCUUUCCAUGAUCUCUUGGUUUCCAUGUGAGAGAGUUAACCAAACUCUUGGUCUUCCUUAGUCUUACUCUGUGAAAUAGAGGAGUUUGUGUGCCUUAGAUUUAGGAAAAGUUUGUUCUUUAAUAGAGUGUACAGGACUAAGACAGUAUUUAAAUUAUAUGUAGUUCCCCCCUUUUCUGUUGAAAUCACAGGGUUGAGUUUUGUUAAGUGUGCAAUUGCAAAUCUCGUCUAUGUAGGAAACUAGUUAAAUGCUAUUCUCCAUUUCUGUUUUAGCUUACUGCUGCCAUGGGCAAAUCUCAAGCAGUCUUUGCUGGGGCAACUAAGUGUAUCUUUAUUAGUGACCUCUGGUUUAAAUCUAAGAAAGUCAUGUUUUGUCAGAAAAUAAUUUUGGAAUCCAUUUGACAUGAAACUUUUAUCACAUCAUCAAAUAGCAUAGUACACUUUUUUUUUCGAGCCAAAUAUUUUUACUUGAUAGGUUGUGCUACUCCCAACAGUGUAGGUGGCCAUUCCUAGCUUGUUUGUGCCUGAAGAUGGACUUGAUUCAAAUGGUUUACAUAUUUUGUAGCAAAGGGGUAUGCAACAAUACUCCCACCCUUACUGUUUAUUGGCCCUAUUUGGUUUCAGACAAAAUUAACCUUUUUCUCCUAUGUAUCCUUAAAGUGGCAGAUAUGGAAAAGCACCAGACUCUGGUAUUAUUAGUGUUAGAGAAUGUUCUUAAGUGUUGUUACUUUGUGUAGUUACCUAUUCUUUUUUGGACAGUACCAGCUGAGAUAGGUGGGAUACCUGCCUCUCCUUUGGUUGUUUAGAGAGCUAUCACUGCUUCAAAACUAUGAGACUCUCCUCAAAGCUCAUAUUCAGUGUGUAAUAGUGUGAUGCAGGAUAAUUGUCUUUCACUCUUGACCUGAAAAAAUUAAUGGAAUGCUCUUUACUUCCCUAAUUUUAAGAAGUGGUGAUAGAUGUCACAUCCAUUAAUUUAUUUAAACUUCUCUAAGCUUCUCCGUUUUAAAUCUAUUCUCAGGGUUAUAACUCCAUGUUUACCAUCAUUUGCAAAAAGGUACCAAAAAUCCAUAAAUAAAUAUGGAAUACAUUCAUAAACACGUAAGUUCUUUUGGUAAAAUGAUACUUUGACCAUUUAGGCUCCAUCAAUAGAACUAUUCGUAUCUUUUACACUGAAUUAACUGGUCAUUGUUUGGCUGGUCAACUAAUUACUAGUUUUUCAUUUUGUCCAAAAUUGUUAAACCCUUGUUUAUAUAAGAAGUACUCUGGUUUCAUCUGGAAAGAAAAAAGAAUUGGCCUGGUAACUUUGAAGGCAUGAUUGACAAUGGUAGCGUCUCAAGUUCUAAAGUAAAACUAAAGGAUUAUAGGGAGAAUCAUUUUUAUGGUCUUUUUUUGGUCAUGGUGCUAUUCUAAGGUUAACUUUGAACAUGUGACACACACUCCUAAAUACCUUUAAGGAAAAUUAAUAAAUAACUAAUAGUUUAAAAUGUUUACAUUGAGCACUUAGAACGUUUGACCUUUUUUUCCUGCUUCUCUUUAUGGGAAAAUGCACAGAGAUUUAAUGCACAGAUGUACUUUAAUAUGUUUGGGAUCAGUUUGUAUUUUUCUUGUGAGAGAAGAUAAAAGGUUACAAACUGAAUGUGAACUGAUCCAGAAGGGCUACAGCUUUCCAUUGCACUUGAAGUAACUUAAUGGUAUAUGGGGAAAAAAAGACUACUGUGGUUGUGUAUGUCCAGAGUCCUCUGAUUUUAUUCAUUUAUGAUUUAAACAAAAAGGUUUGAGGUAUUUAGAUUUGAUUUUUGCUUUAUUUGAAAGACUAAUUUUACUAAGCAUAUUAAGAAAAAAAGGUUUCAAACAUUUAAAAAUAGGUGAGAUCUUUAAAGCAUUUUUUUUUCAUAUCCUACUUAUUUUAAAAGGGUAUACUGACAAUGCGCAGUAACUUCUGAGUAAAAGGGAAAGUUUAUCCCUAGGUAAUCCCUAGGGUGGUCAUGCUCCCUUUUUUUAUUUUAGGGGAAAAUCUUUGGUUAAAUGCUUUCUCAAUUUAGUAAUUCUUAGCAAAGGAUAAAGCAGUUAACAGCUUCUAAAUCAAAACACAAAAGUUUCUUUUAAAUAGUAGAGAGUUGUACCUAAAAAAGGAAAUUAGUUUUAUAAUAAGGAAAUGGGAGGAAAGAACUUAUGUUUUAGGAAAAUUCACGUCAAAACCUAGAAGUGAAAAUGGAAAAAGGAGACAUAAACCAAAAAAAUACCAUCUGAGGGUACUGCUGUCCAAAAACAAUAUAAUACACGUCACCAAAUCCUUCCCACUCCAUUGGUUGAUGAUGUCUUCAGUAAAAAUUCUUAUUUAGAAUAACAUUGGAUCCAUACUACAUUCCCUGUCCCUCUUCUAGUUUUUUUUCCUUUAGAAUAGUUAGAACACAAAAUUUCUUAACCUCACUGUAUAGUAUUAAAAACUAAGAUGAAAGGAUUUUAAUAUCUUCUGUAAGUACAAAUUGAAUUUGAUUGUACUACCUGAACAAAACGAGGGGUUUGUAUAUCAGAACACAUGAACACCAUUAAAGGUGCAUCUAGUAUUUUUGGUUUUCCUUUCUACUCAAAAGUAUUGAUUUUUAGAAUAACUUUUAAAUGGCCAGAUAAGGUCUUUUUGUCUUGUCCUUUACUAACGCUGAAAUACCAGCCCCAUUUUUUUCACUGAUACCAAGUCAACACAUUUACUUUGUCAGGUAUCUUGUAGCUGUCACCAAAUAUUUUAGUUUACUUACAGUGCAUGGAAAUUAUAGCUCAGUUCUAAUAUGAUGGGGUGCAACAAAGCACCUUCAUUGUAGAAGAAAUUUUUGUCUGUUAAUUAAGUAUACCUCACACUUCUGCAGUGGAUAUCAGGGAAUAAUAAAGCAGAAAGCCUAAGAAAUUUGCAACUUAACAGUUUAAAGACUGUCUCUUAUUCUAAUAUUUGGGAACAGAAAGACCAAACUAAAUAAAUUGGUCAAAGCUAGGGAGAACGUGGGGCAUUGUGGAAAAAUAUAGUCCAACUAGGUUAGUAAAUGCUAAUCCUGCUUGUAGCUCAAUUGUGAAUUAAUGGAAAGGAGUGAAGUAUACAGAGUAUAAUGAUGAGGGCUGUGUUCUCUCUCCUCACAUUUAAAGAGUAUUUUUACAGCUAUUUUCUUAAAUUACAGGUGUUGCCUAAGGAUACAUGAGAAUUUUCAAAGUUCAGGGGGAUUUUUACCAGUCACUCAGUCUGCCAAGUUUGUUCCUAACAUACUGCUAAUGUGGUAGGAAAAUGUCUAGUCUCUUACUGGUUGUCCUCUCAAGGAUUGCUCUUAGAGAUUAGGUGGAGGGAGGCUGAGAGGGAGCAGGGCAGUCACAACAUUUGGGUCCUACAAAUCCGUAGGCUCUUGGGUUUGGCAGCAUGUUAUAGACUAUAUAUCUAUUUGUCAAGACUAAUAGUUUCAUUCAAUAUACUUGCCAGUGUUACAACAUGUUUUCUGGUCAUACUUUAGUUUUGAAGUUAAAUUCAGGUAAGUCUUAUCAUUUAUUAAAACACUUAAUGGGAAUUUGGACUGGUAAAGAGAAAGAGGUAUUCUGACCUAACUGAAAUGAGAUGACCAACUACAGACUUGACCGCAGCAGCUAGCCCUACUUGCUGUUGGAUCCACAGGGAAAAUAUUUUGAAAUAAUUACCCUUUUCAGAAUCAGUGGUUAAAUGUUAACGGAGUCUUUGUUAAUAUAUUGAAGUUAACUAAGUGUUGAUCCAUAUUUCGUCCUUGGACUGUACACUUCAGCUCACCUGUAAAAUUCUCACCAUUUUACUGGAGCCUGUCAAAGAGGCAAAUCUUUCAAUUUUCCACUCCCACACAGGAUACUUACUUUAACUUUCUAAAUUAUCAGCACAUCUGGGUUUUAGCAUUUUCAUCUAGGAACCAGCUUUUUAGUCAGUUACUAACUAAAAGAGUAAGAGUAUAAUACAUUUAAGGAUGUUUUUUUUUUUUUCUUUUUUAAACUACUUCAAGCCUCCUGGCUGAUUAAUUCAGUAAGGUCUGCAAUAUGGGGUCAUUUUUCCUUGCAGCUCAUCUUUACCUCUUGUUUUAAGCAGCUUCCAAACCUCUAUGCAUUUGUGAUUUUUCAUGUGGGCAGAAUGCAGCGCUACAAGUCGGUUGAGCCAGGGCACUGAAGGGAGUCAUGAGAUGUGCUUGAACAGGGGUUGUCCUUGGGUUGUCUGUCACCGUGCUGCUUUUCAUUAGUGAAGAAAUAAAGUUGAUUGGAAACUCGGUAGUUACUUCUGAUACCUUGUCCUUCCUACAUUAGUUUGAAAUGCUCUCUCUCUUAAGUUCAUUAAACAGAUAAAGUAUCAGUUCCCUUUCAUACUUCAUAGAACUUUCAUCAGAAUUUUAGAAAAAAUUGAGCAGCAUACAUCACAAAGCUUGUGAGAAUCAUAAGAAUGCUACCAAUUAACUUUUCUAGGGAUGAGAGAAAGCUGUAGAAGAGCUGUAGGUGCAAAACAAAACAAGGUUCUGUGCUAUCCUCAUUGGAUGUAGUGAAGACUGACUUCAUAGGUGAACAUAAGUACAUCUGUUCAGCCAUAAAAGCGACCAGCCUAGUGGAGAGCUCGAUUAUGGAAUUAUUUCUGUCUCCUGACCUGACACUCCCAUGCUAUAGGAGUUGACUUCUCAGUGUUACCAACUCCCCUAGGGGAAUAAUUAUAAAAUGUUAAACACAGAGUUACAGAAAACACUUAACAGUCAUUCUCUAGAGAGACUUUUCAGUUUAUGGGAAUACUUUUGGAAAUGUAUGUUUUAGAGGGGGCCGGAUAUUUCAGUGUUAAAUGCUAUUUACUUCCCGAGUUUUGGUCAUUUUGAAAGGCAAUAAAGAAAGGACAUCCCACACCAGCUUUGAUAAAGGCUUGUUUGAAAGGUUAUGGUUUGCAACUAACAGGUUUUCCCUCUGUAUGGACUUGAUUUAUCUACCAACCACACAAAUCAGUAAUGUCAGUAUUUGAAAAGUAUAUGAAAUAGGCUAGUAUAUGGUUUUCAUUUUUGAUUCAGGCAUUCUUUUUCCAUUCUCAAAUUUGUUUUUAAUAUUCCAAUUAAAAUGCUGAUCAAAUUAAAAUUCUAUGUGCUUCUGCAGCAAUGAUGUUAGUUUACCUUGGAUUUAGGAAAACAAUUUUGUAUCAAGAAGUGUAAUUGGAAUAAAGUAUAAUUGGAAUAUGAAUAAUUCUUAAAAUAUAGAAACGAAAUUACUGCUUUUAAUCAAAGCAAUCCAUUUCUCUUCACUACAGACCAUCUUAGAAUACACAGUGACCUGACUUAUGAUUUAAAGUGGUCAUUUAGGUAACCUGACCAAGUACUACUACAGAUGUAAAUUUUCAUUCUACUAAAGAGGUUUUUGCCAUAUCCAAAUAGGGAUUCAUUUAUAGGCGAGCAACAGUGCCUCAAGCACUCAGUGACUUCCCAACAUGUGACUGACCCAAGACCAUCUGGGACACCAGGACUCUGAGCUGUACUGUCUUAUUAGUAUUAAAUGACACUAUCACAGAUGUAUUGUUAGAGUAGCACCCUCCAAAAUUUUUAAGCUUGUACACUAACAUAUAAAUUGGACUUCUCUAACUGAAUUAUCCUGUAUAUAUUUCUAAAAACUGUUUGUAGCCUUCCAAGGAGAAUAAAGCACUUUAUAAUUUACCAAGUUCUCAGUAAUAAAAUUAAUACUGACUUACA